AGAAAAUAUUGGGGUCUUAAUUAACAAAUUAGACUUAUUUGGUGUCUAUUCCAAUUUCCAAAGUAUAGUCGGAGAAGGAUAACGGUGAUGGUAAAGUUAUUUAUAAAUAUCUCGCCGGCGAGUUUGUUUGUUUGUUUUCCGAUGGGUGAAGAAAAAACAGUUUAUUUUCCAGUGGAUGAAGAAAACACAGUUUCUUUUCCGGUGGACGAAGUAAAAGAUGUUUCUCCGAUGAACAAAAAAAUAUAUUUUCAUUUUCCGAUAAACGGAGGAGGAGAGGAAGUUGUUGUAUCUCCGCGGAGCCGAGAUGAUAUGACAGUAUUUGAGAUUCGGGGAUGUAUUAGUUGUGUAUAUAAUGGUCGAUUACUCCCGGAGUUGUUGUGGUGGGUUUUUAGUAGCUUCCCGCCCUAUAGUUUGAGUAUUGCGUUCAAUUAUUUCAUGCCUAUUCCCAUUCAUAUGGUAGUAAUCUUCUGUGUGGCCAACCUUUUCUACAUUACACUUCAAGCCAUUGUCCUGCUCUACCCUUUGUUGAACAAUUAUUGGUAUCCCUACAAAACUCAAUUCCGAUCAAUGGGUCCCAAAGGGAAAUUUAUGAUCGACUUCAUUCCCGCUCUAACUGCUGCAGCUUUGAGUUUCAAUUUGUUGAAUGAUGCGGACGAUAAGGGGUUAUGGCACUUUCUAGAGUUUAAUUAUGGGUAUAUCUUUCUGUUGUUAGGCUGCACGGGAUAUUUCUACCUUAUUUCUCACUUUAUGCGUAGAGCGUAUGAUAUUAGUGGAAAGGACGUUAUAUUGGGAUUAGCAAUGCAAGUAUUUUGCUUUAUGGUGAUGAAGGGGAUAUUGUUUGUUAGAGUCAUCGCUUUGUGCUUCUGCUUUGGUAUAAGUAUCUAUAGAUACAUGACAUAUUCCGCUCCUCCUGUAUUACCUCCCUGUCCCAAGAUGGAGUCGUCUGAUAUGCUGCCUUACUGAUCUGAACGUGUUAGCGGAUGCCUUUCAUAUAACUUUCUUGUUUUUUUGUUGUUAUUUUGGACGUACUAUAAUUUAUUAGAAUGCCUUAAAUUUUCAGUAAUGUUCGCUCUUACUUUGUUUGCAAUAUAAUAUGUCUUGUUCUAGUCAUCUUGUGCCUCUAACGUAUGUAUUUAUAUAUGACAUUUCUUAUGAAGAGCCGUUUAAACUCUAUAUGAUGAGAGGUUAUUUUGUUGUCCAUUUCCUUACGGAAGCUUUCUGUUUGUAAACAUGGCGUUGCUGCAAGUUGAUGGUAUUAGUGAUUUACUAAUAGUUAUAAAGUUACACUAAGAAACAGGGUGUUUUUGCUCUUCUUCUUUUUUUAAAACUUUGACAGCAAUUAUAUAGAUUAUUCGGUGUAGAAUUUCUUUGCCUACAACCCUCUGCUGAGAAAUGGACACAGGAAGCCAAUUUUCGCACCAACCUUAAUGAUACAAAACCUUUUCUUUCAAAGGUUUUGUAUGCAGCUGCUUUGAAAAUAGAAGAGACGAUAAAAUGCUUACCUUUAUGAGAUGGAAAAUGAAAGAGGCACUGUUAUUGCCGUAUGAUUUAGUUUCUCCUGGUGUUGAGAGGAAAACAGAUUGUUGCCAUCCUUCCUUUCUUCGGAGUUCAAAAAUACUAUGAUGGCUCCAUUGCUUUAUAUGUUUAUUUUAUUGUUUUGU